AUGGCAGCAAAGAACGUUGGAAUUCUCGCUCUCGACAUCUAUUUCCCUCCCAACUGCGUUCAACAGGAAGCAUUGGAGGUUCAUGACGGUGCGAGUAAAGGGAAAUAUACUAUUGGACUUGGGCAAGAUUGUAUGUCCUUUUGUUCCGAUGUUGAAGAUGUCAUCUCAAUGAGUUUGACAGUGGUUUCUACUCUUCUUGAGAAGUAUGAGAUCGAUCCUAAGCAAAUUGGUCGUCUGGAAGUAGGCAGUGAGACUGUGAUAGACAAAAGCAAAUCCAUCAAGUCUUUCUUGAUGCAGAUCUUUGAGAAAUAUGGAAAUACAGAUAUUGAAGGUGUUGAUUCAACUAAUGCAUGCUAUGGAGGAACUGCUGCUUUGUUCAAUUGUGUCAAUUGGGUGGAGAGCAAUUCAUGGGAUGGACGCUAUGGACUUGUUGUCUGCACCGACAGUGCAGUCUAUGCUGAAGGUCCUGCUCGACCUACCGGAGGAGCUGCUGCUAUUGCCAUGCUAAUUGGUCCUGAUGCUCCUAUUUCAUUUGAAAGCAAAUUGAGAGGAAGUCAUAUGGCUCAUGUUUAUGAUUUUUACAAACCUGACCUUGCUAGUGAAUAUCCCGUUGUCGACGGAAAGCUUUCACAAACAUGUUACCUCAUGGCUCUUGAUACUUGCUAUAAAAAUUUCUGUCAAAAGUAUGAGAAACAUGAGGGAAAGAAAUUUUCUCUUUCUGACGCUGGUUACUUUGUAUUCCACUCUCCUUAUAACAAGCUUGUGCAAAAAAGUUUUGCUCGUUUGGUCUUCAGUGACUUCUUGAGGAAUUCCAGCUCUUCUACGGAUGAGGUUGCCAAAGAAAAGCUGGGACCUUUUGCAGCUUUAUCUGAUGAGGAGAGCUACCAAAGCCGGGAUCUUGAAAAGGCAUCCCAACAAGUUGCAAAGCCUCUAUUUGAUGAGAAGGUGCAACCAACUACUUUAAUACCAAAGCAAGUUGGCAACAUGUACACCGCGUCCCUCUAUGCAGCAUUUGCAUCCCUUAUUCACAACAAAAAUAGCUCAUUGGAAGGUAAGAGGGUGAUAUUGUUCUCAUAUGGAAGUGGAUUAACUUCCACAAUGUUUUCCUUGCAAUUACGCGAAGCUAAACAUCCAUUUAGCUUGUCAAACAUUGCUCGAGUGAUGGAUGUUGCUGAAAAGUUGAAGUCAAGACAAGAGUUCCCUCCAGAGAAGUUUAUUGAAACACUGAAGCUAAUGGAGCAUAGGUAUGGUGCCAAAGAUUAUGUGACAAGCAAGGACAGUAGCCUUUUAUAUCCAGGCACGUUCUAUCUCACCGAAGUUGAUACCAAGUAUCGCAGAUUCUAUGCGACGAAAACUAGUGAAAGCAAUUCGACAGUCAACAGUGUGAGUGCCAAUGGUCACUGA